AUGCUCUCUGAUGAGGCUGCCCUCCUGGCGACCUUGUCUGCGGCUUCGUUCCCCGGCACGCCUGUGUGGCUGGGAAUCCACUGGAACUUGACUGCUCCCGCUGGUAUUCGGAUGUUACCUAAGCUACAGAAGGUGCCUCCGGCUUUGCUCAGUCUGCUCGAUAUGUUCCGGGCCACUCCUCCCUCUCGUUCCACCAUGCUGCCCAGGUCGGUGAAUCUCUCAUCCAUCGGAAAGUCUUCUCCUGGCACGCAGAUCGUUGUUUGGUCGCAAUCGCCAAAUGUGCUAAGUUUGGCGCAGGCUAUCGAAAGGAGCGAUACUGAAUCGCUGCAGCAAAUCCUGAAUGAGGGCGCCUUUCAUGACGUCGAGAUCAGAGAGCAGCUGUUGCUGCACAAGGCGGUGCUGAAGGAAGGCAAAGGGUCAAUUGAACUACUGAAACUUCUGCUGCCUCAUGCUACACAGCAAACUCUGUUUGCUAAGAACGAAAUAAAGAAAACUGUCCUCCACGUGGCUGUAGAAAACGCAAACGCACUUGACGAAAUCUCGAAAUUAAUCAUUGAGAAAAACGAUGCUCUACUCUCUGAAGCUGAUGCGGAUGGAAAUACGCCUCUGCAUUACAUGGUAAAACAUGAUCGAACACAGCUGUGCUUGAUGGUUCAGGAUUACCUGACGCCUAAGGUCAUAAACCAAAAGAACCAGGAAUCGCUCACUGCCAUUCACGAGGCAGCGAUCGAAGCAAGCCCCUAUAUCAUGAAGAUUUUAUUGGAGCGUGGAGGAAACCCGAUGGAGUUGACCGAAGAGAAGUAUACCCCACUUCACUUGGCCGCUCACCACAAGUCGGAGCAAUGCGUCGCACAUCUUUUAAAAGCCGUGCAAAAAAUGAACAAUUCCCAAGCAGGAAAUAGCGAUUCAACGCUCGAAUUCAAGAACAUGUGCACCAGCACGGGACGCACGGCUAUGAUGCUUGCUGCCGAAUUGGGAUACUUGGGCAUUUGUAAGAAACUUGCGGGCACUGACGUGAACUUGAGAUGUUCGGACGGUAAGACUGCCCUGCACUACGCGGCGUCCACGGGCAUCGAACGAGUUAUCUCCUAUUUUGUUGAGGAGCUCGGAGCAGAUUGUUCAAUAAAUGACAAUGAAGGUUUUCUACCGUUAGUGUCAUCAGCUGCUCACGAUACAGAAGGUUUCGCAUACAUGCUGGAAAAAACUCCAGAAGAUCUCCUGAAUGAGGAAGUCAUUAAAGAACUCAUUGAUCAGGCUGCUAGGAAAUCGUUGAAAAACCUUGAAAUAAUGGCUAAAAAAUCAGAAUUUCAGAAACAUUUGGAAGCAUAUCGUGAUAAAUCUAAAAAUAGCUUACUUCAUAUCACUAUUGUUAAUGGAAGUUUUUCAUCAGCGAAAGCUUUAAUUGAAAACACCAAAGUGAGCAGAACGGAAACAAACAAAGAUGGCAACACCCCACUGCACUUAUUCGUAAAGAAAUGUGCGACAAAAUCAGUGCCCCAAGAAGAAGAGAGACGAAUAGUUCGGAACGAAUUGCUGCGAAGCGCCAAAGAGAUCGUAAACUUACCCAACAAGAAGGGGGAAACCCCUUUGUUCUUGGCGUCAAAGUUCGGAAUUCGGGAUAUUCUCUGCUCUAUUUUGCAGAAUAAACCUGAUGUCCUGAAAUGCACAACACAAAAUCCCAGCAGUGCCGUGCACAUUGCUGCGCAGAAUGGGCACGAUGCAUGCUUGCGGUUGCUUCUCCGCAAUCUGGGGCCAAAUGGUUUUAGCAAACUUAGAAAAAUGGAACGUCACCCACUGCAUUUGUCUUCCAGGAAUGGCCAUUUGGAAUGUUCGAAGCUCUUCCUGACAAAUUCUUUGGGAGACGAAAAUUACCUGGAAAAUUUGAGAUGCAAGUUCAAGGUUAAAACUGGUCAAGUUUAUUAUCCUGUAGACGAAGCAUUUUACGGCAAACACGGUGAGCUCUUCAAAUUCCUGCUUUCCCAAAUGGAAGUCGAUAAAGAGGACGAUUUGUGCGUCCGACUACACAGAUACUUCAAGCAGUGCCUGAAUGAAGCAGAAAUGCCUGGCGAUAAUCAGGCCGCCAAGGAUUCAGCCUUGAAAAAUAACUCGGCCAAAGGUUCAGCCUCGACGAUGCCGACCGCCAAAGAUUCAGCCAAGAAGAAGCAGACAGUCAAAGAUUCAGCUUUGACGAUGCCGGCCGCCAAGGAUUUAGCUUUGAAGAAUAAGGCUGCCAAGAAUUCUGCCUUAGAGAGACAGGUUGCCAAAAUUUCCUCUUUCAAAAUAGCUGUUCUUGAAGCAGUGAUUGAGAGUCCGUGGUGCCCCGUGGCUUUUGACGUACAAUUCUGUAAUAAUAUUCACCAGCAUGUAUCCAGCAGCAGCCAGGAAGAUGUUUCUGAAGAAGAAGUAAAACCAUGCGACUCCUUUGCAAUGCUCAUCACACAACACCCGGACUUGGCCUGCCGAGCAAUGGACAAACAUAUUUCUCCUCUAGACGGCAACAAUGAACUUCACGACUACACUCCUUUUGAGUGCUCAUAUUACAGGAUAGAAGAUAAUCGAGUUCUGUCUCCAUUCACGGAGAUGAAGGUCUACCUGGAAAAUGAAGGUCUACCUGACAGUUCUAGAUGUCAGAUGUCAUGCUCUGCUGCGCCUAACAAACAGAACCAUCUAGAAAAUGAUGCAAAAGAAUUCAGCAAUGUGCGCUGGUCCAGAGAUCAUCCUCUCCUGAAGGCUGUUGGGAAUCGUCAGGAAGAUGGCGGCCGAGUGCUGUGUCAUAGACUAACCAGGUGCGGUGGUUUGUGA